AUGGAAAACUCGGAUUCUAAUGAUAAAGGCAACAUCGAUCCCUCUGAAGCACAACGUCGGCGUCAGCUGGAUCGACUGGAUCGGGAGGAAGCAUUCUACCACUUUGUAAAUAAUCUGAGUGAAGAUGAUUAUAGGCUUAUGAGGGAUAACAAUUUGCUAGGAACACCAGGUGAGAUUACCGAAGAAGAAUUAAUAAGACGACUUCAUCAGAUUAAAGAGGGUCCCCCACAACAAAACAGUGAUGACAACAGAGUGGGAGAAUCAGCUGACGAUGUCUCUAACAGCGAUUCCAUCAUUGACUGGCUUAAUUCAGUCCGACAGACUGGAAAUACAACAAGAAGUGGACAGAGAGGAAAUCAAUCUUGGAGAGCAGUGAGCCGGACUAAUCCAAAUAGUGGAGAUUUUAGAUUCAGUUUGGAAAUAAAUGUGAACCGUAAUGGGACCCCAAAUUCCGAGAACGAAAAUGAUCCAUCUGCAGAGCCUUCCAUCGGGGAAGAUACCGAAAAUAGUAGUAGCCCAAGUGACAUUGAAACACCAAGAGCUGAGUCCCCAUUUAUCCGGGCACAUGGAUCUGAAAGGAGUAUCCUUGAGGAAUUAACUGAAGAAGCUCCUCUUCCCAGAGGUCAGAGAAGGGCACGAAGCAGGAGUCCAGAGCAACGGAGGAUCCGUGCUAGAACCGAUAGAAGUAGGUCACCUUUGAUAUCUGUAACUGAGAUUCCCCGAAGAGCCCAUCAUAAUAUCACAUCUCAGACUUUCGAGCAUUCUGUGGUAAAUGAGGCUGAGGGGAGUUCUAGAACUAGGCAGCACGUGACAUUGAGACAACACAUGAUGGGAUCUGACCUGGCCAAUGAAAAUGCAAUUUCAUUUUCAGCUUCUGAGAUGAGAAACAUCCCUCAGGCAUCGGGUUCGUCGGACACCAGUGGAAGUAAUGAAAGUCUAGCUCCUGGGCAGAGACCACCAACCAUAGUUCUUGAUCUUCAAGUGAGAAGAGUUCGUCCAGGGGAAUAUAGACAGAGAGACAGCAUAGCUAGCAGGACUCGGUCAAGAUCUCAAUCAACCAAUAACACAGUCACUUACGAAAGCGAACGUGGAGGAUUCAGGCGUACAUUUUCAAGAUCAGAAAGAGCAGGAGUAAGAACUUAUGUCAGCACAAUCAGAAUACCUAUUCGUAGAAUCUUAAAUACGGGAUUAAGUGAGACUACUUCAGUUGCGAUUCAGACAAUGUUGAGACAGAUAAUGACUGGUUUUGGUGAGUUAAGCUACUUCAUGUACAGCGAUAGUGAUACAGAGUCCGGUGGUCCAUCUUUAAGUCCAACCCUUGAUGAUCCAGAUCUUCAGAACCCAGGAUUGGGUAGUAGCGGUAUGGGUGCAUCUGGCGUUAGUGCCAGUACUAGCACUGGUGGAGGAGGUGCCAGUAGCAGUAGCAGUAGCAGCUCUAGCAUUGAAAGUUUAGAAACUAACUCCGAGUUAUACGAUGGUAGCAACGAAGGAAGUUCAUCGGGCAUUAGACGGGAAAGUCGGAAUAGGGAUAGAGAUAGGGAUAGAAAUUCGGUCACAUUUGAAGAAAGUGGCUCUUUGCCCUUCCUUAGCCUGGCUCAGUUUUUCCUCUUAAAUGAAGAGGAUGAUGACCAACCAAGAGGACUCACCAAAGAACAGAUUGACAACCUGGCCAUGCGAAAUUUUGGUGAGAGUGAUGCAUUGAAAACCUGUAGUGUUUGCAUUACCGAGUACACCGAAGGCAACAAGCUUCGAAAACUGCCUUGUUCUCAUGAGUACCAUGUUCACUGCAUCGACCGUUGGUUAUCUGAAAAUUCCACUUGUCCCAUUUGUCGGAGAGCAGUCUUAACCUCUGGAAACAGAGAAAGUGUUGUCUAAAUGUGAUCUGGACUUUGAGCUCUACAGCUAGCUGUUUAUAGUGAUGGCAAAAGCGAAAACAGAUGUCACUUGCUUUAUGACCACCUUUUGAGUGGUGUUUAAGUGUAAUAUCCUGGAGUGCAUCUUUGCUUCCAAUAAAAUGUUUCUCCCUUUCCCAACUCCUAUUCUCAAAUAAAAGCCAAUUACU